AUGGUCCUCAUACCUGACCCUACCAUGGUCUUCAUACCUGACCCUACCAUGAUCACCAUACCUGACCCUACCAUGAUCACCAUACCUGACCCUAUCAUGGUCUUCAUACCUGACCCUACCAAGGUCCUCAUACCUGACCCUACCAUGGUCCUCAUACCUGACCCUACCAUGGUCUUCAUACCUGACCCUACCAAGGUCCUCAUACCUGACCCUACCAUGGUCCUCAUACCUGACCCUACCAUGGUCCUCAUACCUGACCCUACCAUGGUCCUCAUACCUGACCCUACCAUGGUCCUCAUACCUGACCCUACCAUGGUCCUCAUACCUGACCCUACCAUGAUCACCAUACCUGACCCUACCAUGGUCCUCAUACCUGACCCUACCAUGGUCCUCAUACCUGACCCUACCAUGGUCCUCAUACCUGACCCUACCAUGGUUCUCAUACCUGACCCUACCAUGACCCUCAUGGUCCUCAUACCUGACCCUACCAUGGUCCUCAUACCUGACCCUACCAUGAUCACCAUACCUGACCCUACCAUGGUCCUCACCCUACCAUACCUGACCCUACCAUGGUCUUCAUCUGACCCUACCAUGAUAUACUGA